CCUCUGCGCUCCCAGCAUCUCAUUCAGCCUGAGCGCAGCAGCAGGAGCGGCUUUCCGCGAUGCCUCUGCGCCGUCUGCUGUGAACCAUCCAUCCCAUGCAGGCUGCUCUCCGCUCGGUAGGAUGCUUCCUCCUGCUCUCGGUGUCCUCCGGGUCUCCCUGUGUCUCUGCUUCACGGUCUUUCUGCACCGAGUCUCUGCUGUUCGCUCCGGGGACGCUGUUUCUGACGCAGGAGAAAAGAAGCAGAACAGAGCGAAGAGCCUCGAACACAUCCAGAGUUAUGAGAUUACAUCUCCUGUGUGGCUGCAUCCUGUCAGGCACAUCAGAUCUGCUAACAAAGAGCAUCCAGCAGAGGUCCAGGUUCUGAUCUCAGCUGAGGGUCAGCAGCUCACAUUACACCUGGAAAGAAAUGAACAGCUCUUGGCCCCUGGAUAUCAGGAAAUAUGGUACACCGCUGAUGGUUCUCGCCGGUCCACAUCUCCUGCCACCACCGUGUAUUGUUUCUACCAUGGGGAAGUUCUGGGCGUUGAAGGUUCCAGCGUUGCUGUCAGCACCUGUUCAGGGCUCAGGGGACUGAUUUCUCUGAACACAAGCGUGAGCUACCUAAUAGAGCCUCUUCCUGACUCCAUGGACGCUCAGCAGCACGCUGUGUUCAGAGCGGAGAGUCUCCGUCUGCCCGGGGGAAGCUGCACGCAUCACCAUGGCAACCAGGAGCAUUACGCCGGGCUCGGUGACUUCAUCCAAGGAAUGGUGUCGCCACAGAACAAGAGGGAGAAAAGGGAAGUGAUGCAGAAUAUGAAGUACGUGGAGCUUCUGUUGGUUGCAGACAGAGCAGAGUUUGAGAGAAAUGAGAUGGAUUUUUACAAGACGCAACAAAAGCUGCUGGAAGCAGCCAACCUGGUUGACAAGUACUACAAGGAUUGGAAGAUCCGCGUGGCUUUAAUUGGUCUGGAGGUUUGGACUGACAAGGACCAGAUCAACGUGUCCAACAACCCACACAGCACCUUGGCUGGGUUUCUGACCUGGAGACGGAAGAUGCUCAAAAUUCUCCCCAAUGACAACGCUCAGCUCGUCACGGGGGUGUCCUUCCAUGGCAGUACCAUUGGACUGGCUCCACUCAAAUCCAUGUGCUCUGAUUACCAAUCCGGUGGGGUAAACACGGACCACUCACCAGUGUCUGUUGGGGUCGCUGCCACGAUUGCACACGAGAUGGGUCACAACUUUGGAAUGAAUCACGACAGAGAGGGCUGCUGCCAGGCCAAAGCAGAAGAUGGUGGCUGCAUCAUGGCUGCUGCAACUGGGUCUCCCUUUCCCCGUGUGUUUAAUGAAUGCAACCGAAAGGAACUUAACAGUUACCUGAACUCUGGAGGAGGCAAGUGUCUCUUUAACCUGCCCCAUGUUGACUCGCUGUACGGAGGGCAGCGCUGUGGAAAUGGUUACCUAGAGAAAGGAGAGGAGUGUGACUGUGGAGAGGAAAAGGAAUGCACGUCUCCAUGCUGCAAUGCCAACAACUGCACCCUGAAAGCUGGAGCUGAGUGUGCCCAUGGAGUCUGCUGCCAUAACUGCAAGAUAAAGAGCCCUGGAGAGCUUUGCCGAGCGACUUCUGGGCUGUGUGAUCUUCCAGAGUUCUGUGACGGAAAAUCAGAGUCAUGUCCAGCCAAUUUCUACUUAGCGGACGGUACAUCCUGCGCACAUGGACGGGCCUACUGCUACACUGGGAUGUGUCUAACCCUGGAGCAACAGUGUCAGUCUCUCUGGGGCCGAGACGCUCGGUCAGCACACAACGUGUGUUUUAUAGAGGUGAAUAAAGCAGGGGAUAUGUACGGCAACUGCGGCAAAGAUCAAGAAGGAAAAUACAGGAAAUGCAGUGAGAGGGACGCUAAAUGUGGUAAAAUCCAGUGCUCUGCUUCAGCCUCCAAGCCCAUUGAGAACAAUGCAGUUCGCAUAGAAACCACAGUCAGGGUGGACCGCAAGAGAACUCUGUGCCUUGGGACACACGUCUAUAAGCCCAGCCAUGAGGAGCAGGAGCCGCAGGGGGACACCCUGGACCCGGGCCUGGUCAUGACGGGAACCAAGUGUGGCGAUGACUCUAUCUGCUUUAAUGGAGAGUGCCGAAAUGCAGCGUUUCUGAGAGCGGAUGAGUGCAACGCCAACUGCCACGGACAUGGGCUGUGUAACAACAACCAGAACUGCCACUGCGACCCCGGCUGGGCUCCUCCUUGGUGCAACCACAGCGGGCCAGGAGGAAGUGUGGACAGUGGACCUCCAAAGAGUCCAGGUUUUCCAAUUCCAGUUCUCCUCCUUCUGGUUCUUUUUGUGGUUUUGGCUAUUUUCGGGCUUUGGUUCUGCUACAAUCAUAGAUUUGUCCUGCCUCCACCAGUGCCAAAAUGUUUGGAUGCAGCUGAAGGGAAACGCAUGGAGCCUGAGGCUCCUUCCAAUGGUCAUCCAAACGCAACUUUCCGGGUGGAUAAGGAGGAUUCGUCCCCAUCUCACCUGAGCCCGUUACCCUCAGCUCGGCCCAGACAAACAAUCAAGCGUCCUGCGAUGACGCCUCCUCCCGUCCCCUGUCAGGCAGCUGAGCAGAAAGAAAUCAGAAAGAAGAACCAGGCCCCCUUCCCACCCGCUGCUUCUUCUCCUCAGGGACAGAAACCACGUCAGGUUUCACCAACCUUUCCAAUCCCUCCAUCUUUACCUCCACAGGACCCUAAAAGGCAGCUGCGACCAGACCCCCCUAAGAGACCUCCACCACCCUGUCCUGUCAGCAGUCAUUUCCCGGAUCAACGUAACUGUAAUAUAAAGAGACCUCCGCCUCCAAUUAAAAAGAUGCAGCGAGGACAUGAUGCUUUGGCUCCAUCUGCUGGUCAGAAAAUGCCAAACAGACUUUAGACUGAAAACUCAGGAAGACACUGGGAUCGCCUCUUCCAUCCAGAACUGGAACUGCCUUCUACUGUUUUUAUUCCAAAUCUGCAGUACAGUGGAUUAGGACAAAUACUUGAUUGUGUGUCUCCACUAAAGAUUUAAUCUGAAGGAUUUAUGCCUCAGUAGAAGUCUGCUUUAUCCACAUGAAACCGCCAGAGCUGUGAAUAUUUCUUAUUUUUUAUUUCAUUUUAUAAUGCUUGAUAGGAAUGGAAACGAUUUGAGCUAUUUAUAAAUUAAAAAGAAUAGAAUGUUUACAGAUCAUUGUCAACUAUGAAUGUCUUAUAUUAAGAAAACGUGGGAAAAAAACAGCAUUGUGACCUUUUUACACGCGAUCGAUAAUAAGAAAUGUAAUAGUAUUCAGCUGUUGUCAUGGUAACCUCAGAAAAUCUUACAUCUAUUCUCUAAGUAGAUGCUUAGAUGGAUGAAUGAUGAUUUUUUUUAAAGUUAACUGGACUUUUUACAUUUUAUUUCAAACUUCAUGUUGUUUGUCAGCUUGAAGCCAUUAUUAAAAGUUAUGAUGUCACUUUUGAAACCGUUGGAGUGGAGAAUUCAAGUUUAAGGUACCCAUUUCAUUCCAAAAUAAUUCUCAUUUCAACGCUGACAAUCAGAUUUUUUCUUUCUUAUUUAUAGUCCUUUCUGUAUUAAGUCAUACAUAUUGAUUAAUGACACACAAAUGAUUGUAAAGAUUACAUGUGAUUGUAAAAAUGUUCAUGUAAAACUAACAAAAAAUAAUAUGUGAAACUGCAAGCU